AUGUUGACUCGCUCAGACUCAACAACAUCGACGGUUAUAAUACAGGACGAGGAGAUCAAUGGCAAUGUUCAACCACUCGGCGAACGAACAAUCAGCCUUCUUUUACGUGGACUGACGAAGACGAGUGGCCGAUUUAACAUCGAUUUAGAAAAUAUGUUGUCACCAGACAAGUUAAAUGAUUUAUUUUGCAACACAUCAUUUAAUUUGGACAACAUACAACAAUUUAAUUUGCAUCGUCUAUUAAGUACAUACCACGAUGAUAUUACUUUGGACGAAUUAGCCAAUUUAGGCUCAGUCAAAUUACUCAACUCAGUUGAUAUUGAGAAUGACUCUAUGUCAAUCGAUCAAUUGAUUUCAUCAACAAACAUAAAUGAAUUUAAACCAUUGCCCUCUUCUGUUCCAACUGUUGGUGUUGUUCACCAUAUUUUACCCAUUCGUAGAACACCAUCACCUGAUUUGAUUACCGAUUUUUUUCCGUUAUCAUCUGAUCCCGAAAGCUAUGAUUUUCAGUUGAAAACUGAAUGUGAAAACUAUGCAUAUCCACCCACCUAUACUCAAUUAAAUACGCUUGAAACAAUUAAAAUUGAUGCGCCUCAAUUACUUCCCACACCACCUCCAUCUACCUCGUUGGCUUCACAAUCUCACCGUUUUUUGUUUGAUGCUGCCGCUUUAACAGCCAUUGAACAUGAUCAUGCAUUUAUGUCAAAAAAGAUGCCAACAUCAACAUCAAGAAAACGUCGUCGUUCUCGUACACGACUUGAAUCAGCAUCAUCAAUUGGUUCAAAUGCAAUUCAAACAUCAGCAAUAACAACAUCGUCGUCAGAUACUUGUGUGUCAUCAAGAACUAAACGUUCACGCAAAUCUCAUAGUAUAAAUUGUGCUGAUGAUGUUAAAACCGCAGAUGAUUUAAAUCAUUAUUUGGAACGUCGACGACGAAACAACAUGGCAUCAAAAAGUUCACGUGCAGCUAGAAAACAAAAAUUUGGUGAGAUGGACGAUAAAUGUAAUGAAUAUGAAAAAUUAAACGAAGAAUUAAGAAGAAAAAUUUCUGUAUUAGAAACAGUAACAGCCGAAUUGAAAGUUGGAUUAGUACGAAGUUUUCAAACGGCUACAGUUAAUAAAACAGAAACUCAGUAUUAA